AUGGCUCGUACUAAGCAAACUGCUCGCAAGUCCACCGGAGGGAAGGCUCCGAGGAAGCAACUUGCCACCAAGGCUGCCAGGAAGUCCGCCCCAGCCACCGGCGGAGUAAAGAAGCCUCACAGAUUCCGCCCUGGAACCGUUGCACUUCGUGAGAUCCGUAAGUACCAGAAGUCCACUGAGCUUCUGAUCCGUAAGCUACCUUUCCAGAGGCUGGUCCGUGAAAUCGCCCAGGACUUCAAGACCGAUCUGAGGUUCCAGAGCUCCGCUGUGGCGGCAUUACAGGAGGCGGCAGAGGCCUACCUUGUUGGACUGUUUGAGGAUACCAACCUCUGUGCCAUUCACGCUAAGAGGGUUACAAUCAUGCCAAAGGACAUCCAGCUUGCUAGGAGGAUCAGGGGUGAAAGGGCUUAA